CUAGAAUCAGUUGAUGUUGAGCGGUGGAAGGGAAAGCACGCUUUCCCGCUGUGAGCGCAGUUGGUGCUAUCUUCCUUUGGUGUUGCAAUUUGGCUUUUAGUUUACCAGGGAGAGAGGGAAUUGAGUGUCACGCGAUCCCUCGAAGUGCUAACGGAUUAUCCGCGCGAGUAGCUGGCGCAGAGAAGGAGCAGGAAGAGCCAGUGUCCACUAGCGGGAGCUCUCAGCAGAGAAGGAACGGACGAGGUCACGCGCGGCGAGAGGUCAUCAGGUGCGGAGGCCGAGCGGCGGAAUGUGGUGGUGACCUUGCCACUCCCUCCUCCAAGGUACAGGACAGAGGAAUUAUCAGCAGUAAGAAAAGCUGUGGACAGGUGAGACAGCAGAAGCAGGUGUGACAGGGAGCAGCCAUGUCACACCACAGCGACGAAAAUGCCAUAUACGCCUCCACCGACUCCUUUUGGGAGAUUGGUAACUACAAGAGAACAACAAAAAGAAUUGAGGAUGGAAACAGACUAUGCGACGAUCUCAUGAAGUUGGUCUCGGAAAGAGCGGAGAUUGAGAAAAUGUACGCGAAGAACCUGAAAGAAUGGGCAAAAAAGUGGAAUAACAUUAUUGAGAAAGGGCCAGAGUACGGGACCACAGAAGCAGCCUGGAAGGGAGUGCUGAUGGAGGCAGAGCAACGGUGUGAGCUGCACAUGCGUGUCAGAGAAAACCUAAUCAAUGAUGUCCACAGCAGCGUCAAACAAUGGCAGCGGGACAAUUACCACAAGCUCCAAGAAUACCAACAAGCUGCUUUGGAGCAUGGCAGUCGCGUGCUUGUUAUCCACACUCCAACCCUAGACCUCCUAAAUUCCUCAUACUACCAUAGUGCAUUAAGCUUACGUGGUUCUUUUCUGCCGGGCAUGUGGCUUGUAGGCCAGGUGCACACGAAGGCUCAUGUGCAGGGACAAGACUCUAUGCCUCCACUUUGCAAUAUUCUCUCCAUAAUGCUCACAAAGGCAAGUUACCCUGCCCCUCAUGCCAAAUUUUUUCAUGAUGUGAUGUUCACGUCAUCCAGAUCUAAGGGAGGUUCCAAGCGAAUAAAUGACAUCUUCUCUUUUCUCCUGUGGUGUGAUCAGCACAACAAUAUGAAGAAGAGAAUGAGAUAUAUCAGGCCCCCUUCACAUGAGGCAGACGCCCGGAGACAGAGUGGUGUGUUGCUGACUCGGGUGCAGAGGCCCAUUGUUACCAAGAUCAGUAAGAUAUUUGUCCUUAAGAUAAGUGGUCAGGUUGCCAUGCAAGAACCACAGUGGCUACAUCUUGUGAGAGAGAAGGAAGUUAGAAAGAUCCUUGUUCUUAAGCUGAGGUCAACUGAGGUGUUCAUUUUAGAGUCUGGAAGAGCUGCAAGGGAGCUGAAAAGGGGCUGGCACUCAUCCUCUGACCUCUCGAAGGUCCCUAAAAUGUGCAUGCCUUUCCAUUAUUCAUUCAUUUGUAAUCUUACGUUAGAGAUGAUCCACGUCUUCGACAAGGCACAGGAGGCUGAGUCUAAGCGGCUGAUGUUCUUCAAGGACAUGCUCUUUGCAACACACAAAUGCCUCAACAUCUCAAAUGACCCAAGCUUGCCACGAAUUUAUGAGGAAUUCAAUCAUACAGUAGCAAACGCAGAUUAUGAAAAGGACCUGAAGUGGUGGAGUAACAACCAUGGAGUAAACAUGCCCAUGAACUGGCCUUCGUUUGAGGAAUAUUCAGAGGAAUUCCGCGACAUUAGCGGCAAAGGCAAGCGCAGCGGCCAGAUCCCCGAGGGCGCCAUCACGCUGCUCAACCAGCGCACCGUCGGAGAUGACCUGCCAGAGUACACCCCAGAUCUGCACCGCAUCAGUAAGAAGGGAACCAAAGGAGCCGUGAGCGGUACGGGAGACGUCACGCUCACAUCCGUCAAAGGACCGCCCAACCACACCUCGCCAGCCACUUCUAAAGCCUCAGACAACAACAGACACUCGGCGAUAAGCGACCCACAGGAGUCCCACGAAGCGUCCAAUCCUUUCGAUGAGGAGGACGAUCCACACAGUCAAAACAAUGGAGUGAGUGGAGAUGAUGAUGAGUGGGACUACAGCGAUCGCAUGGUUGAUCCCAAUAAACCCGGAGUGCCAGUGCGAGCACUUUAUGACUACGAAGGCGUUGAGUCAGACGAGCUCUCUUUCAAAGUCGGGGAAACCUUUGAGAAGCUAGAGGAUGAGGAUGAGCAGGGAUGGUGUACUGGACGCAAGGAUGGGCGGAUCGGUCUCUAUCCUGCGAAUUACGUGGAACUCUGCUAAGCCGUCAUGUAUACCCAUUUUGGUAGAUCCAACAUGUAACAUUUCUGUGUAAAGACCUGUAGCAUAACAUUACCAAGCACAGCAGCUGCUCCCUGACUGGCCUGCCACCACAGGCUGGAAGACUGGUCUCCAACACUCACAGCAACAGUAAAUUCAUACCUCACAUAACCUUUGCCGAAAGAGGGUCGCGAGCCCCAUCCCUGUCCAACAGGUCUUUUUAGUCCAUAUGGUAAUGUGUAGCAGUGAUUUAGCACUACCAGCAUAUUGUCUCUUGGAUGAACGUGGAUUUGUGUCAUUGAGGUGGAUGAACCCAGAUGUAGCUUUAUUCAGACAGAUCACUCCGCUCCUAUCUGGAGAGUCCAACCAACAGCUGAGAAUGGUUCAUAGCCUUUCAGGAGUUUGUCACUUUUGUCAGUGUUAUGUUUUGUAGAGAAUUUUCAACUAAAGACUAGUUGAAUAUCAUGAUUUAUCCAACAUUACACUUAACCUUUUUUUAUGUGAACUUUUAAAAUUCUGAGUUCCUGAAAGAUUGAACAAGAUGUCAUACAUCACAUUUACAUGUGAAAGAAUAUAUGCCUACACCCACACUGUUUAUGUAUUAUGGUUAUAUAAGGUUAUUGUUAAUUCUGAGUAAUGUUAGUUUUAAGUCGUCUACAGACUAAUGUAUAUUUAGCAAGGCCAGAUAUGCACCAGACAGUUUAUUUGUUUUGUAGAUAUAUAUUUGUUGGUGAAAAGGAGAGAAAUGUGAGUGCGGUAAUGUUUGGAGACAAAAGGCAAUUCAGGAGAGGCAAAUGAGCCCCGUUCUAUGGGGCAAUGAAGGAGAGAGGAGAGGGAGGAAAGUUACCAAGGAUUGUUUUUCAUUAGGACUACACAACCACAGGUAACAGAGACUUGUGCUCUAAAUGUGUCCUGGUAAUGAUGCAUAUAUAUCGAAUGUACAUAGCACUUGUUUUAUUCCAAUUAUUAUGUACAUAGUGUUGAUGGCAUGGUGUAGGCCCACGCUGUUACCUAAUCACUAAGAUGUUCUAACAACUUCUUUAUUUAUUUUAGUAAAAACUUGUUUCUUUAGAACUACCAUCAUUCAAUGUGGUUUAUUAUAAUGUAUUACUCUUAAUAGAUUUAUUAUGAUUCAAAUGAUUUAUUAUUGCUGUUUCUUUUUCUUUUUCUUUUUCUUUUUUAUUAUUUUUAUUCAUAUAUUUAUUUUUUUAUUCAUUUUUAUUUUUUUCAUUUUCUUUUUUUUUCUUCUUCAUCUUCAUCAUUUUCCAAUAAGCAUUACUUUUUUAUGCCAGUGUUGUCUGUAGUAUUUGUCUUUUCGUGGGAGUGAACUACAUGCCCAGAGUAACGUCAGCUCUACUACUACUAUGCCAAUAAGUGUAAGUCAUAUAUGAUGUAUGAAUCAUAAUGGGUCAUUCUAUUGUAACCAGCUGAGGUGGAGUUGAAUUUCAAGACUCUCCUCAAGCUUUGGUUGUCUCUCUUGUGUAAUAUCCAGGUCUGCUUAACCCAUUUCACUUAACAGAUGUCUCCAAGGGUGCAAGAAUGUUGAUGUUGAGGCGACUGUGUUAAGCAUAGUCCAUGCUAGAUUAGCUUUAAAGUAGAAAACUCGAACGAUCAAAAGUGCAUUAGGAAAUGUUGACCAGUAAAACCCAAGGAGUCAGGUAAACUUAUUUACUUCAUACUAUUAUUUUAUUUUUAUGUUCUGUAGUUCGUAGGCCUUGAGGCUGUCUUUGUUAUUGUGUCAUGAGUAUUCUGGAAGAUUUGUGUUUGACCUCUUUACAUCAUGUUCUCAAACUCUAUUGCUUGGAGUCCUUUGUCUGAGCUCCACUAGAAGAUGACGAACUAUGAAAAAAAAAAAAAACUUUUGCAGGCUAUUAGCUGGCACAUGCAGGUGCUCUUUCACCUGUUGCUUUUGCAUGAGCCAAGAUCACUAUGUCCUGUAGCAUUUUUAAGUGCCACCUUUGAGCAGAAAAACAGAAAACAUACUUGAGAUACACACAAAGACACAAACACACAACACAUAUAUACUAACACAGAGACAUGUAACACACAGGUACUGUAGGUAGAGGAAGAAUUAAUAUUUAUUUUUCUGUUGGAGUACAACUUACAAAAAUAACAGAUUCUGUUUAGCAGUAUUUUGGAGAGGUUCUUUCUGUAGACCCCUCACAAUAUAUCUAGUUGGUGCCAGAAUAGUGUGAUUCAUGUAAUUGCUAUUAUUGAAGUCCAGUGGUAAAUAAGUGUAAGUAUGUGCAUUUCACUGUAACUGUAACUGAAGCAGGAAAUCGUAUUGUAAAAGUGGGAUCCUCUAGUAUUUUUUGUCAUUAUUGGCCCAACAUAAGGGUAAGAUGUAUGGAAAAUAGCCUUGCAAAACAUAGUGGCCCAUUUGAAAGAGGUCUAAGGUUAAAAGAAACAUUUUGACAUAAACAUUUAGGCAUAUUCUGAUAAGGGUCCUUUAAGGAAAUAUGUGGUCCUGUCAGCAGCACAGCAGAAUAGUUUAGUAUGUGAAAAAAGAAAUUAACUAUUGUGUACAUAAGUGUUUAGAGAUAAUUUGCACCAUACGAAGAGGUAGUUGAUUGUGCUUUUAGGAAGGAAACAUUUAGUACUCCACUUGACAAGUGUAGACAUCGGAAU